UUUAUGGAAUUUGAUAAUUUUGAAGAUGAUGAUACAAAUGAUUCAUACACCACUAAUGCAACGAAUGAAUCAGGAUGA